UUCUUUUUCGUUUCUUACGUUUUUUUUUUUUCCUUUUUUUUUUUUUUCAAUUUUCAUUUUUUUCCUUUCAAAAUUUUCAUUUUUUUCCCUUCGUUUCUCUUCCCCGCGCUUCAAAUCUAACCCUAAAUUUUGUUUCUCUCUCCUCCAUAAUCUCUGCAACUCUCUCUCUCUCUCUCUAUAUAUCUUUCUCUCGCUCUCUCUAUAGAUAUAUAUAGAUAUACAUACACAUAUAUACAAAGAUGCAGCAGCAGAGGAUGAAGCAGCAACAGGCUUUGAUGCAGCAAUCUCUCUACCAUCCUGGUCUUUUGACCCCUCCUCAGAUAGAACCUAUCUUGAGUGGAAAUCUGCCUCCUGGGUUUGAUUCAAGUACAUGCCGCAGUGUGUAUGUCGGAAAUGUUCACCCACAGGUUACAGAUCCCCUUCUUCAGGAAGUUUUCUCUAGUACUGGUCCUAUUGAAGGGUGCAAGCUCAUUCGAAAGGACAAGUCAUCAUAUGGUUUUGUGGACUACUUUGAUCGUAGAUCAGCUGCCCUUGCUAUCGUGACUCUUAAUGGGAGGCAUCUGUUUGGGCAGCCUAUUAAGGUUAACUGGGCAUAUGCCAGUAGUCAGAGAGAGGACACAUCAGGUCACUUCAACAUUUUUGUAGGUGAUCUUAGCCCUGAAGUUACAGAUGCUACAUUGUUUGCUUGCUUCUCUGUUUAUCCAAGUUGCUCAGACGCACGGGUUAUGUGGGAUCAGAAUACUGGGCGUUCAAGGGGGUUUGGGUUUGUUUCUUUCCGGAGUCAGCAGGACGCUCAAAGUGCGAUAAAUGAUUUGAAUGGAAAGUGGCUUGGGAGCAAACAAAUCCGAUGCAACUGGGCGACAAAGGGUGCUGCUUCUAAUGAUGAGAAGCAGAGUUCGGAUGCCAAAAGUGUUGUGGAACUUACCAACGGAACAUCAGACGGUCAAGAGAGGUCCAAUGAUGAUGCUCCUGAGAAUAAUUCUCAGUACACAACUGUAUAUGUUGGCAAUCUUGCUCCAGAGGUUACUUCAGUUGAUCUCCACCGACAUUUCCAUGCUCUUGGCGCUGGUGUUAUUGAAGAUGUCCGCAUACAGCGAGACAAGGGUUUUGGUUUUAUAAGAUACAGUACCCAUGCUGAAGCAGCUCGGGCUAUUCAGAUGGGAAAUGCCAGGAUUCUCUUUGGCAAACCAAUCAAGUGCUCGUGGGGCAGCAAACCUACUCCACUGGGGGCCAGCUCUACCCCUCUACCACCCCCAACCGUUGCACAUAUGCCGGCUUUUACUGCCACUGACCUCGCAGCCUAUGAACGACAACUAGCACUGAGCAAAAUGGUUGGUGGGGCACAAGCGCUGAUGCAUCCGCAGGGUCAGCGAAUUGGUGCUGCCGGAGCUAGUCAGGCAAUCUAUGAUGGUGGGUAUCCAGGUAUAGCCACAACCCAGCCACCCAUGUACUACCAGUAAUGAAUAAUUAUAUAGAAUUUCCUGUCAUGGUCAUAGCUUGACGGGCAUGAAUCAGUACUUUUUAAGUGGGAUGUAGGAUGUUUGUGUUUUUUUCUUCUUCUUCUGUUUUUCUUAGCUUGUGUCGGUCCCCCUUAUAUAUAUACCUGCAGUGUGUAUGGAUAUGGAGCGUGUAUUUUCUUUUUGGGGAUGACAACUUGAACCGAAUCUUGUCUAAAUUUUAGUUCCUCAUUGGAAUGGAUGAGUGACUUUGAUUUGAA